AUGGCUACCUUGACCGCAACAGUUGCUCCGAACAAAAUGAAUUCGGCCACAGGACAUUUCAGUCUGAACGCGCUGGAGCCUGUCAAAAUAGGAUCGUUGGUGUGCAAGCCUCUCCACCCUACGUUCGGUGCCGAAGUCGAAGGCGUGGAUUUCUCAAAGCCAGUUUCAGAGGAACAAAUUAAGGAUAUCAUUGCAGCUCAAAAUCGGCAAAGGAUGCCUCAUCCUGCCUCGUCAAGAUUCGGAGUGACGAUUUAUCGAAAUACCGACUUGACGGACGAGACACACAUCGCGUUUAGUCACCGGCUCGGCGAGCUCGAGAAAGUUCCCCAGAUCCGCAACUUAAGCAUACCUGAUCGCUUCAGUUACCCGGAGCUGUUUGAUAUUGGUAAUACUAAUGCCGACGGAUCGAUAUUCAAGAAAGAUGACCGGCGCUGGUGGUUCAACAAAGGGAAUGCGUUAUGGCACACGGACUCAUCCUUCAACCAGCACCGAGCGAAAUAUUCACUACUUCUUGCUCACGUUAUUCCCAAGAACGGCGGUGAUACCGCUUAUGCCGAUGUACGUGCAGCGUACCGCGACCUUCCCGAGGACCAAAAGGCGAAGCUCCGCGGACUGGUAUGCAAACACGAUCUCUGGCAUUCUCGGCAGCUGGCUGCACCAGAAGAAUUCAAGAGCAUCACUGAGGACGAGAAAAGCUCCAAAAAACCAUCUUACCACAAACUUGUCCAGGUUGCACCUGACGGAGAAGAGACGCUCUACAUCGCUUCUCACAUUUCGGAGGUCGUCGGAAUGCCGAAGGAAGAAGGCUCCAAGCUUAUACGAGAGCUCAUCGAGCACUGUACUCAACCGCAAUAUACGUUGAUUGUUAAGUGGCACCAACCCGGUGACCUUGUUUUCUGGGACGAUCGUUGUACCAUGCACCGUGCCACAUCAUUCAGUGACCAGUCGGAAGUUCGUGACAUGCGUCGAACGACUGUCUAUGAUGAUGGUCCGUAUCAAAAUGGAGUCCCCGAAGCUGCAUAUGUGGAAGCAUAA